AUGAAGCCGACCAUCAGCUUCGUCUCUUUGGUCUCGUCUGUCUCCAUUAAACUUGGUCUUUGGUAUUUUCAUUUGGAUAGCAGAGACGAUGGUUCACCAUUUCCCAGAGGUACUUCAGGUGAAGUUAAAACUGGUAACUGCUCUUCAAAAUUCGAUUUAUCAGUUGCGAAUCGGAGUUACACCAGAGUCAUGGAAGCUAUUGGUUGGCAACAAGCAGCGUUGGCUCGUUAG